CCCAUGACGAUAGUACUCUUCGCCCCUAUCCACUGCUUCACAUACGCCUCUAUAUAUCUGACUAUACCAUUCCUCAUUUCCACUAUUCCAUAACAAGCAUAGCAUAGAUUCUUAGAGGGGAAGGGAAAACAUGAUGGGAGUUGGCUCGUACGGGUACCCUGCACCAGCGACGAACAUGAACACCGGUGCAAGAGGGGGCUACGAUGCCCCCGAUGGAGUUGAAAUUUGGGGACGGUAUGACCAAGACUAUGCGAAGAUUCUGAGCAAGGAGGCUUUGCAGUUCGUGGUGGAGUUGCAGAGGGAGUUCAGGAACAGGAUUAAGUAUGCAUUGGAGUGUAGGAAGGAAGCUAAGAGGAGGUACAAUGAGGGUGGUCUACCCGGGUUUGACCCCGCCACGAAGUUCAUAAGGGAAGGGGAUUGGGUUUGUGCACCAGUCCCGAAAGCGGUGGCUGAUCGGAGGGUGGAGAUUACAGGACCUGUGGAGAGGAAGAUGGUCAUCAAUGCUCUCAAUUCUGGAGCAAAAGUUUUCAUGGCUGAUUUUGAAGAUGCACUUUCACCAAGCUGGGAGAAUCUAAUAAGAGGCCAAGUGAACCUGAAAGAUGCUGUGGAUGGGAGCAUAACUUUCCAUGAUAAGGCCAGAAACAGAGUCUACAAGCUCAACGAUCACAACAUAGCCAAGCUUUUUGUGCGUCCAAGAGGUUGGCACUUGCCUGAGGCUCAUAUUCUCAUUGAUGGAGAGCCUGCAACUGGUUGCCUUGUCGACUUUGGUCUCUACUUCUACCACAACUAUGCAGCAUUCCGCCGCACCCAAGGUGAAGGGUCUGGACCUUUCUUCUACCUCCCUAAAAUGGAGCAUUCACGGGAAGCGAAGAUAUGGAAUUGUGUGUUCAAGAAGGCAGAGAAGAUGGUAGGGAUAGAGAGAGGAAGCAUCAGAGCCACUGUUCUGAUCGAAACACUUCCAGCUGUGUUUCAAAUGGAUGAAAUCCUGUAUGAGCUUAGGGAUCACUCUGUUGGUUUGAACUGUGGAAGAUGGGAUUACAUUUUCAGCUAUGUCAAGACCUUCCAGGCUCACCCUGACCGCCUAUUGCCUGACCGGGUUCUAGUUGGCAUGAAUCAACAUUUCAUGAGGAGUUACUCUGAUCUCCUCAUCAGGACCUGCCAUAGGCGCGGUGUCCACGCCAUGGGAGGCAUGGCAGCUCAGAUUCCAAUCCGAGAUGAUCCAGUAGCAAAUGAAGCAGCAUUGGAUUUGGUGAGGAAGGACAAGCUAAGAGAAGUGAAAGCAGGACAUGAUGGAACUUGGGCAGCACAUCCAGGACUAAUCCCAGCCUGCAUGGAAAUCUUCACAAACAACAUGGGCCACAACACCCCCAACCAAAUCCAAACCAUGAGGCGAGAAGAUGCAUCCUCCAUAACCGAAGAAGACCUCUUGCAGAGGCCUAGAGGAGUCCGAACCCUGGAGGGUCUCCGGCUGAACACCCGGGUGGGAAUCCAGUACCUGGCAGCAUGGCUAACUGGAGCUGGUUCGGUGCCACUUUACAAUCUCAUGGAAGAUGCUGCAACAGCUGAGAUAAGCAGGGUUCAGAACUGGCAGUGGAUCAAGUAUGGAGUGGAGUUGGAUGGAGAUGGACUUGGAGUGAGAGUGGGGAAGGAGCUGUUUGGUAGAGUGGUGGAAGACGAAAUGGAGAGGAUUGAAAGAGAGGUCGGGAAGGACAAAUUUAAGAAGGGAAUGUACAAAGAGGCUUGCAAGAUGUUCACAAGGCAAUGCACAGCACAAACUCUAGACGAUUUUCUGACUCUCGAUGCUUAUAAUCAUAUCGUCUUGCACCACCCCAAGGCAUCAUCCAGGCUCUAAAUGCACCUCAUCAACAUCAUCAUCAUCGUCUAGUUUUACCUCUGUUGUUGUAGUCAAAUCAAUAAUGUACUCUCUCUUCAAUAACUGGAUCGACUUUCAGUUUUACAUAAUGG